GACUUGCGCAGUAGCGUCCGCGGCGGCGGCGGCGGCGGCGGCAGCACGGUCCGCGGCGGCGAGGUCCGCGGCGUCCCCCAGCCGGGAGGUCCGGCAGCCUCAGGCCGCCCGAGGCCUCCCGCGUCAUGUCGGCCCAGGGCGACUGCGAGUUCCUGGUGCAGCGAGCCCGCGAGCUGGUGCAGCAGGACCUGUGGGCCGCCAAGGCUUGGCUGAUCACGGCCCGCAGCCUCUACCCCGCAGACUUCAACAUCCAGUAUGAGAUGUACACCAUCGAGCGGAACGCGGAGCGGACGGCCACCGCCGGGAGGCUGCUCUACGACAUGUUUGUGAAUUUCCCAGAUCAGCCCGUGGUGUGGAGAGAAAUCAGCAUUAUUACAUCAGCAUUAAGAAACGAUUCACAGGAUAAACAAACCCAAUUUUUAAGAAGUUUAUUUGAAACUCUUCCUGGUCGGGUCCAGUGUGAAAUGUUACUAAAGGUUACGGAACAAUGCUUCAACACUUUGGAACGAUCAGAAAUGUUGCUUCUACUUUUGAGACGAUUCCCUGAAACGGUGGUACAGCAUGGGGUUGGCCUUGGGGAGGCACUAUUGGAGGCUGAAACUAUUGAAGAGCAAGAAUCUCCUGUUAACUGCUUUAGAAAAUUAUUUGUGUGUGAUGUCCUUCCUCUAAUAAUUAACAACCAUGAUGUUCGGUUGCCCGCCAAUUUGUUGUAUAAGUACUUGAACAAAGCAGCUGAAUUUUAUAUCAAUUAUGUCACUAGGUCUACUCAAAUAGAGAGUCAGCAUCAAGGUACCCAAGAAACGUCUGAUUUAAUGUCACCAAGCAAACGUAGCUCUCAGAAGUACAUAAUAGAGGGGCUGACUGAAAAAUCAUCCCAGAUCGUGGACCCUUGGGAGAGGUUGUUUAAGAUUUUGAAUGUUGUUGGAAUGAGAUGUGACUGGCAGAUGGAUAAAGGAAGACGAAGCUAUGGUGAUAUUUUGCAUAGAAUGAAGGAUCUCUGCAGAUACAUGAACAACUUUGAUAACGAAGCUCAUGCAAAAUAUAAAAACCAAGUGGUUUAUUCCACUAUGUUGGUCUUCUUUAAGAAUGCAUUUCAGUAUGUCAACAGCAUACAGCCGUCUCUAUUCCAAGGUCCUAAUGCCCCUAGCCAAGUUCCACUGGUUCUUCUGGAGGACAUAUCAAAUGUAUACGGUGAUGUAGAGAUUGAUCGCAGUAAACACAUACAUAAAAAGAGGAAACUAGCUGAGGGAAGAGAAAAAACCAUGAGUUCAGACGAUGAAGACUGUUCAGCAAAAGGAAGGAAUCGUCACAUCGUUGUCAAUAAGGCAGAACUUGCUAACUCCAUCGAGGUGUUGGAAAGCUUUAAGCUGGCCAGAGAGAGCUGGGAGCUGCUCUAUUCCCUGGAAUUCCUUGACAAGGAAUUUACAAGAAUUUGUUUGGCGUGGAAGACGGAUACUUGGCUUUGGUUGAGAAUCUUCCUCAACGAUGUGAUCAUCUAUCAGGGUCAAUAUAAAAAGGCCAUAGCCAGCCUGCACCACUUGGCAGCUCUCCAGGGGCCGCUUCCUCAGCCACAGAUCUCGGGACAGGGGACCUUGGAGCAUCAGAGGGCGCUCAUCCAGCUGGCAACCUGCCACUUUGCCUUGGGGGAGUACAGAAUGACGUGUGAGAAAGUCCUUGAUUUGAUGUGCUACAUGGUCCUCCCCAUCCAGGACGGAGGCAAGUCACAGGAAGAACCCUCAAAAAUAAAGCCCAAGUUUAGAAAAGGUUCAGAUCUGAAGCUUCUGCCUUGUACCAGCAAGGCUAUCAUGCCCUAUUGCCUGCAUUUAAUGUUAGCUUGUUUUAAGCUGAGAGCCUUCACAGACAGCAGAGACGACAUGGCGCUGGGGCACGUGAUCGUGCUGCUUCAGCAGGAGUGGCCGCGGGGAGAGACCCUUUUCUUGAAAGCCGUCAAUAAGAUUUGCCAGCAAGGAAACUUCCAAUAUGAGAAUUUUUUCAAUUAUGUUACAAAUAUCGACAUGCUGGAGGAGUUCGCCUACCUGAGAACUCAGGAAGGUGGGAAGAUCCAUCUGGAACUCCUGCCCAAUCAAGGGAUGCUGAUCAAGUCGCAAACAUUGUCUGAAGCCAUUGUGGACCUUCUGGGGGGCCCUCCAGCCGAGCGCAGAGAUGCAGGGAGCAGAGUCCAGCCUUCCCCCAGGCCUUCUAGCCCUCCCAUGGGGUUACUGCAGCAGGAAUUCUUACCUGUGCUUCAGCCCAGCAUACAGACUGCUGACAGGCACCACACGGUCACCCGGGGCAUCACGAAGGGCGUGAAGGAGGACUUCCGCCUGGCCAUGGAGCGCCAGGUGUCCCGCUGUGGGGAGAACUUGACGCUGGUGCUGCACAGGUUCUGCGUCAACGAGAAGAUCUUGCUGCUCCAGACUCUGGCCUGACCGGCCCUCCCGCCAGAGGCAGCCCACAGCCGCGGGGCUCUGGGGAGACAUAAAGCGCAGAUGAGAGUUGCCGUCAUCGCUCUUCAAAAGAGGAAGACCAUCGGGGUUUUAACUCAUUGGUCGCUUAGAAGUAGUUCCCAACAGUCCAAGAAGCUAUUUCUAUUUUUGUCGUAUUUUGUAAUUUUUGUAAAACAAAAGAAGCUGUUUUGUAAAUAAAAUCAUCCUAAAUUUGUG